GCUAGCCGGACGCUCUGUUGCCUGUUGUUGUCGUUGGCUGUUAGCUGUUAGCUAGCUGCGUAGUUAGCCCAAGUGGUGGACUUCGCUUUGCUUGGAACUUGUGUGACGCGGUUGCCUUCGCGAGCCUUCGCACACCUGCGGCGGUCGUUCAGUAAUAGAAAUACAAACCACCCGUUGACGUGUCAUUACACCAAUUGGACGUCAACUGGUAACGUCGCUCAUUAAUUAGCUUGGCUAUUCUACUCAGGCAAGCUAAGCUAAGCUAAGCUACCCUGCCGUUACACCCUAUCACCGCGAAGUGUAUCGGCCUCGUAGUUAAAUCGCAUUCCGUCUAGUCGAAGCUAACGUAGCUGUUAGCUUCCUGUCAAACGAACCGGAGUCUGGUCGUUUUUCUUUUAGAUCUGGCCUGAUAACUUCACUGGGAUGUCUGGUUUCCACUGUGCUAAGGCUGGCAUCCGAGCGUCUGUUAGCCGGCUAAGCUAGCUAGGUGCCUACUGAAUUGGCUUCGUUAGCUUCGUCUAAAACGUCAACCAAGUGAGGAAAAUGUGUGAAACUUUGGCUCAACUCAAGAGAGCGCCGGAAGUGCCGAGUGCUAUUUAGUGUGUCGAUUAAUGAACAGGACGCUAACCUUGUCACGAAGGUGACAACUCGUCUUCAUAGAGAAGUUGACACGCUGCGUUUUCCAAUACACUAACUUAUAGACGCAGCUAUUUUGUUCUACUUUACGGGUCUCUUUGGGUAACUUUGUGAAUUCUCCAAUGCAGUCUUACGUCACUUUAUCUUAACCUUCGUUUAAACCGUAUGCGGGGAAGCUGUGAAGAGGCUGGAUACGGGAUUACCGAACAGUUAAAUACAAGCAACUCCAGCUUUUUGAAGGAGGAACGUGGCAGGGCAAACCACCUUUAGUUGUUUGGUUGGGUGACUGGUCUUUCUGGCCCUGCAUGUCUGCAGCCCAACCAGCAGCCUGGGUGUAAACAUCCAGGUAUUCAGGGAGAUAAGGCCGACAGAGGAAGUACACGUAGCCGCCCACAGGUUCCAGCUCUCUGAGAGGUUCCUCAUUUCCCUCAUUUCCAGCUGGGUCUCUCUCGCGAUUUCAUGCCUGCAACUUUUCGGUUGUGAUUUCCUAAUUACUUCUUAUGCAGCUUCCCUUUAAGACCUUUCAGUUUUUUCUUCAGCGAUGGCUCGCAGAGGAUUUGAACGUACCGUGCAUUGUUUAAGGAAAUAGGUCACUGAUUCCAAAAGGCUAGUUCAUGUUGCUGGUUAAACAAAUACUCCCAUGUGACACUGUGGUUGUUUUUCUGAAGGCUUGACGAGUUUUUUUGUGAUUCUAAUGAUAUGAAACUACUGUCAACACAUAAACAGAGAUAAGGCUUUUAGGAGCACACCCAGGAAGACAUUCACAACAGUUUAGUACAUGGAAACAGUCUCUGAUCUGGAUCAGGAGCCGUUUUGGCCUCCAAAAACGUGCAAGAAAGACUUGAGUAGAGAAUGUGAAACAUCUAAUGGUGUAGCCGGGGCGGAUUCGUGAGAGAAGCAUGGAGCCGGAUGUGAUCCGCAUGUACUCGUCCUCCCCGCCCCCCAUGGAGGACGGCGCGGACGAGGACGACAACGAGUUCGGGGACUUCGGCACCUUCUCCAGCGUCCCGAACAGCGUCAGCUUCACAGAGUUCGACACCCCGACCACUUUCAACCAGUCCCGAGCUCUGAGCGCCACCUCCCCGCCCGAGAUCCUCCACGCCAGAGGGGGGGCACGGUUCAGCCACGGCUCCUCCAACGGCCCCCGCGACGACCUGUCCAAGGCUAAUGGCGUUGUGCCGGCGGGCCGCCUGGGCGGCGGCGUCCCCCCGGGACGAACUGAGAUGAAGAAGGUCCCCUCUGGGUUGCCGGGGGGCGUCACGGCGAGCGGCGGCGAGUCCGCCGACUGCAACGGCGGCGGCACGGAGGUGCUAACUAACGGGUUUGCGACCUCCGAUGUCCAGGGAAGCCCCCCCUUGCACAAUUCUGUCCCCUCGCACACAAAAGGAAUGUCCACCGAGGACACGGGCAUCGUCCCAGAGGACGACUUUGCUGACUUUGCUGCUUUUUCCAACGCCGAGGGACACCUCAGCCCGGGGGCCGGCGAGGACUCGGACAAUCCGGCCCGCCGCGACGAGCACUGCGACACAGAGCAGGCGUCAGAGGACAAUGUCAGGGACAAUGUCAGGGACAAUGUCAAAGACGCACACAGAACUGGAGCCAACUCCUCCGGCUGUGAUUCCUUAUCUGAUCACGCCGAGGCCCCCGGCGGCUCGUGCAACACGGACCGGGGCCCUGAGGACGAGGGCCGGGGCCCUGAGGACGAGGGCCGGGGCCCUGAGGACGAGGACCGGGGCCCUGAGGACGAGGGCCGGGUUUCUCCCGCGGAUGCCGGGUCCCCACGAGGGGACGCUGCCUCGGAGCCGGUUUGCACUCCCAGGCCGCCCCCUCCGGACGGGGACGACCCCGAGGGCGACCUCUCGCCGGACUGCGAGGCGGGAGAGUCUGACGGGAAGUGCUCUGGCAACGAGACGGAGACCGAAACGGAGACGUCGCUGGGCCGGCCGCUGUCGACGGACGCUCUGGAGGAGUUUGGCGACAUGAGCACGACGGGCUCCGUUCCGUCUCCGCCCCUCCAGGGCGAGAGCGCCACACCGGCCGACCACAGCCAGGAGGAGGGGGAGGAGGGGGAGGGGGGGGAGGAGGACGACUUUGGGGACUUCGGGGACUCGUUCGGCGGUCAGGGCUUCGACCAGCCUUUGGACUUCGGCCGGCCGGCGGUGCGCUGCGGGUCGAACAGCCCCGACGCCGCUGCUCAGGAAACCACAAACGAUGAAGACGACUUCGGCGACUUCAACUCGCCCAAAUUUCACGCCAGCGUAAAGGAUGCAGAGGGCGGCGCCGAGUUCGCUGACUUCCCCGCUAGCGACAGUUUUGGGAAUUUCAACUCGGCGGCUGACGGCGCAGACGGGGAGGCGGGCGCAGGGUGGAGCGCCUUCGGGGAGCAGCAGCAUCCGCAGGUGGAGGAGCAGCAGCAGGAGGAGGAGGAGGAGGAGUCCUGGGCUGCGUUCAGCGAGGACCAGAGCGUCGCUCCUCCUGCUGAGAGGAGAGUGGAGGGGGGGGAGGAGGAAGAAGAGGAGGAAGAGGAGUGGCAUGAGAGUGAACUUCAAGCAGUCAGCGAGGAAACCAGCAGGACGGGCCGACACCCGGCGACGCUGUCGAGCCGCCUGGAGAAGCUGUUCCAGGGCAGCUUCCCCCGGACCGCCGCCCCCCCGCCUGUGGAGGACGAGGUGGCGUCCCUGAGGAUCCUGCUGGGGCCGCCGCAGGACAAACCUCAGCCGGGGGCCGAGGAGGAGCAGCAGCAGGAGGAGGAGGAGGAGGAGGAGGAGACGUUGCCAGGCAACCGGUCCGCGCGGCGCGGCGUGUGGAUGCAGCUCCAGGACGUCCACGAGGCCGUCGGCCUCCGAUACCAGUGGGGGGGCUCCUACUGCAACAAAGCGCUGCUCUGCUGCCUCGGCAUCGACACCCGCAACAUUCUGUUCACGGGGCAGAAGAAGCAGCCGGUCAUCGUGCCCAUGUACGCCGCCAGCCUGGGGAUGCUGGAACCAACCAAAGAGCCCGUGAAGCCCGUCUCCGCAGCGGAGAUGAUCGCCUCUAUAGCCCAGGCGCCUCCAGUGGCCCCCGAGACCAGCUCCUGUCUCUCGGACGCAGUCCAGCAGGAGGCGCUCCCCCCCGUCCAGUUUGACUGGAGCAGCAGUGGCCUUACCAACCCCCUGGACGCGAGCGGAGGCUCGUCUCUGUUAAACCUGGAUUUCUUUGGUCCGGUGGAGGAUUCAGGCUCCAGCAGCUCGCCCUCCAUCCCAGGAGUCGACCCGGAGCUCUACGAGCUGACCACGGCCAAGAUGGACUCCGGCGGCUCGGGCAGCCGCGUGGCGGACGCCUUUGCCCGCCUCAUGUCCACCAUGGAGAAGACCAGCACCUCCACCAGGAAGCCGAGGAAAGAGGAGAACCUGAGCGAGGAGGCGGCCAAAGUGAUCGCGCGUCUGCCCGACCUCUCCUUCAUGCAGGCCAAGGUGCUGAUGUUCCCCGCCACGCUGACGCCGCUCAGCUGCCAGGCCACUGCGGACUGAAGCCCCGCCCACUGGCCCCGCCCACUGGCCCCUCCCGCCGACUGGGUCCAUCUUAAGUUUUUUUUUCUUCUUGUUGCAUUUUAGUUCUCCCCCUCUCUAUACUAUUUUUUUUUUAAUUUAGUUUUAUUUAUUUGCUCUUUUUCUUUUUAUAUAAGUGAAGCAUUUACAGGAAACGGCGCGGAGAGCUGAGCCGACGACCUGCACAUCUAACGGGGAAAAAGGAGAUUAAUUAAUUUAUAGAGUGGAUAAUUUAUAGUGGAAGGUGUAGACGCGUGAGCCGCUCGUAUCUAGAAGAAUCAUCGUGUACAUAAUCAGGGAUUAAAUGUUUAUAUUCCUUUAUUUUUGUUCUGUUUUUAAUUCCGAAUGAUUCUUCGGAUGGUUUUUGCGUCUCUGUGGUGUGAAGGAAACACUAGCUGAAGCUCUUUGAAUCAAAAAUGAAGUGGAAUACAUGUAAAGCUUAAAUUAAUACACUUAUAAACAUCUAUGAAAUCUCUCUCUCUAUAUAUAAAUAUAUAUUUAUCGACUUGAAACCACACUGCCUGCAAAAUCCAGCUGAAUGUUUCUGUCCCCUCGUCUCGUUUGAAGGCCUCAGUUUUCAUCUUUUGAUUUUACUCUUUUCUUUAACCGCUCGGUCUUUUCUUUUCGGUAAUUUAACGCGUCUUUUUUAAACUUAACUUAAGCCCCCCCCCUCACUGCUACCGUCUCUGGGAUGCAGGUUGUCUUUGUUUUUAUUUGUCUUCCUCGUUUGUGUCCUUUUUUUCCUCUUUUCUUUUUUGAGGUGUGAAAACAAGUGUUUUUUUGUUGUUGUUGUUGUUUUUUGGUUUAAACCACUGAGACUUUCUGCAGUGAAGGUCGACUCAUCAGAAGGGAAUCAAGGGACCAAUUUCGUGUGUGUGUGUGUGUGUGUGUGUGUGUGUGUGUGUGUGUGUGUGUGUGUGUGUGUGUGUGUGUGUGUGUGUGUGUGUGUGUGUGUGUGUGUGUGUGUGUGUGUGUGUGUGUGUGUGUGUGUGUGUGUGUGUGUGUGUGUGUGUGUGUGUGUGUGUGUGUGUGUGUGUGUGUGUGUGUGUGUGUGUGUGUGUGUGUGUGUGUGUGUGUGUGUGUGUGUGUGUGUGUGUGUGUGUGUGACAUGAAGGGCCUUCUUGUUUGCUUUGCUCUGUUUCCUCAUACUACUGUCGGCCCGUCUCCCAGGAGGAUUUUGCACAUUGUAAAGAUGAAAUGGAUGUAAUCAUAGUUCACUGUGGCUUUAGACUGUACAGUGACAACUAUGGACUGUAAAAUGUACGGGAAAGUUCCUAUGGAAAAAAACUGAAUCACUUGAAGAGCCUGUCAAAAGGUUAUCGUGCAUGCCCGGGUUCUUUUGAGACUAAGUGUGUAAAUUUUACUUUUAGUGUACACAAGAAAUUAAAAUAGUUAUCUUCU